AAAUUGAAAUUUAACUGGCAACACUACGAAAAUUCAAAAUCAAUAAAUCGAAUAGUGCGAUCGCGGAAGAGAUUUUUUCGAUAUUUCACUUAAAAUUCCAAAAACAGGAUAUCAAAUCAUUGCCUCAGUUAAGUGCUUGCAUCAACAAAUACCCGGAGCAUCUCGUCGUCAUGGCUACUAACGGUGGUGUCGGUGAAGCGGGCAAAAACAUUACUUCGCAGUGUAUGCUGCCCGGCGGUUGUAUGGGCAAGACUCGUGCCGUCAAGUGCUGGAAAUGGGAUGUUGACCAACUAAUAAUGAACAAAGUAUUGGGAAAUAUUGAGUAUGGAGUUCUUAUUUUGAAUCGGCCAAUAACCCAGAACCCUGGAUUUAUAAAGAGGUUGUGGAAUAAAGCUUCCGUUAGGAUGACUGUCGACGGUGGCACUAAGCAGUGGGACAAGUUCCUGAGCAACUUCUCAGAUGAAACAAAGAGUACCAUCCAGGAUCCGGACCUCAUUACAGGAGACUUUGACUCUAUCACUGAUGAAAUAUUAGAGAAAUACAAACAGAAAGGUUGUAAGAUCAUUCACACACCAGAUCAGAACUACACUGACUUCACAAAGGCUCUGCUGGAACUCAACAUUCAUAGCAACAUGGUGGGAGUGCAGUUGACCCACGUCAUUGCCAUAGCUCAAACUUCAGGCCGACUGGACCAAAUUCUGGGCAACAUUCAGACUCUUUUCCUCGUAAGAGACAAAUUCCUGGUCGGUCCCAACACGAACGUGUUCCUCAUGUCUGAUGACUGCAUCUCUUGGCUGCUGCACCCUGGAGACCACGUGAUCUAUAUUCCUGAGGAGUCUAGGCAGCAUAAGAGGGCAUGGUGUUCGCUCGUGCCAGUCGGUGAAACCUGCCAGCGUGUCACUUCUACUGGACUUAAAUGGAAUCUUGACAACCAACCUCUGCGCUUCGGUGGAAUAGUAAGCACUUCAAACACUUUUGAUGGAUCACAAAAGGUGACUGUUAAAUGCAGCCAUACUCUGCUGUGGUCCAUGAGAGUACCCAGUAUUUCUACUUAAAAUGGAUAAAUUAUGGGUAUAACAGUAUUUCCAACCAGUAAAAUAUCAUAAAUUCGGUGUCUAUAAACUGCUGGCAAUUUUACAGCUGUUUAAUAUAAACAUAAACUUUUGUACUAUCUGUCCUUUAGUAGAAUUUACAAAUCAUACAUUUAAU